ACUUUUCCAACACUCUUCUUCUCUGUAUUAAUAAUUUUCUAUUUAAUUUAACACAAACUCUCUGCACUUGCGCGUCUUACUUUUAAUUCUUUCGUAGCUCAUUUCCUUGGUUUUACUUUAUUCAUUCUAUGAUCUUUCAUAUUUCUGAUAUGCACUUUAUUAUCUAUUCAUUCUUUACGCUAUUCGGAAUUUUGAUUCUAAUGAAAACUUUCAUAUUUUAUAUUAUCUCCCCUUAAACUUCCUAAUUUGUAUACACUCGUAUCAUUUCCCCAACUAGGUAAUGAAGUUUUACAUACUUUUCUCACUUUCCGUUCAUCAAACAAUUUUCAACAUCCAACAAGUGGCGGCCAUAUUUGCUUUUUUGUGCUCACAGAUCACAACCGAUCAAUAUUCCUUAUUGUUGUUUUUGUAUGUAAAUACCGAUUACUGUUGCUGUACUACAGUAGGCACUGUGUUCAAUGUUUAGCGUCCAAAUACCGCACUUUGAAAUUCACUUCACAAAUUUUACGAACGUAUGAUUCUCCCAACGACCGAAUGAAUACUGGCAAACACUGGCCAAUAUAUGCAAUUGGAUUAAAAAUCACCAAACAAUUUCGUAUUGGGUACACAGUGUUGCAUUUGUACUGCACAAAUAUUAUACAACUAAGAAAUCAGUUAUUAAUCAUAUAUAAAUUCAAUUCGCAACAGUUAUAUAUUGCGUUAGUUAUAAAUUAAUUGGCUGAGAAUUUUUUGCUUUAUAGUUGUAAGCUUUCAUAUAAUUAUUAAGACAAGUACAGACAAAAUUUAAUUUCAUCGUUGCAUCUCUCCAAUCGUUGAGCUGUGAAUGCAGCCCUAAAUUGUAGAUACGAAUUUGACGUUUAUUUCCAACUAUCUGUCAAAUGAGUUUAUGAUAUUUCUUGCAUGUUUGCAAUAAAGUAAUCAUUUUAAAACUUAUUGCGAACAACGUCUAAUUUGAUAUAAAAUAAUUGCAUGGACCAUGAGUUCGGGUUUCGUGACAGAAUCUGAAGCUGUAGAAGCACGUAAACGGCGUCAAGAAGAAUGGGAAAAAGUACGCACGCCAGAUCAGCCAUUGGAACGUCCUGAGGAACCAUAUGAUGGGCGAUCACUUUUUGAGCGAUUAAAGGAGCAGAAAAUGAAAAAAGACUUGGAAUAUGAAGAAGCUCACAAAUUGAAAAACCUGAUACGUGGUUUGGAUGACGAUGAAGUACAAUUCCUUGAGUUGGUCGACCAAAACAAAAUUGAUGCUGAAAAGAAACAGAUACAAGACGAACGAAAGGAAUUGCAAGAAUUCCGAGACCGUGUAGCAACGUUGCAGGAGGAAACUGCUGAUAAAAAACUUCAGUCUGAAAUUAAAACCGGAAAGCUGACGAAAAUACCAAACACGGGAACUACCGCAAGACCAUCACAAAAGUCUUUACUUGGUCUUGGUAUUAAGCGUAAAAAUGGUGAAAUCGCUUGUUCUUCAAGUGCAAAAAUUGGCAAAGAUUGCGCUACAACAAACGCUACUAAACUUGGCACACUAUCCAACAUUAAUACAGAUCAAUUUAACAAAGGACAGCUGAAGUGUGUAGCGAUAUUACCAGGCAUUGGACCCUAUACUGAGUCCAGUGAUUCAGAAAUGAGUAGUGGCAGCGAAGAAGAGCCUGACAAUGACAUUAGUGCCAAGUAUGAUUUGAUGGGGCGUAAAAAGCAAAAGAAGAAGAAUUGCCAAGAUGAUGAUUGAUUACAAUUUUUCUAGACUUAAGUAGUAAGUGUAACUUUAAUUAGAUUUAUAUGAGCAUUGGCGUUAUACAUACUAAUCCAAAUUCUAUUUCCACUACAAAUUUGUAGUUGCUGUUAAAACAUAUUUAAUGAAACCACAAACUUUGGAGAAUUAUCUUCUGUGCGAACACGAACAACGUGUUCACUACAAGCGUACACGACUAGUCUAGACUAGCAGUCGCUUGUUUUAUAUGAAAAGUUUGAAAAUAGCUUUUUUUUCAUAAGCAGUAAUAUUAGGAAGAAUAACUAAUCCAAAUAUGAAAGUAAUAAACCAAUAUUCAUGAAAAAUA